GAUUAGAAACCAGUCUGUACCCUGACAAGGCGACGCCAAAAUGGCGGUGGGAAAACGGACGACGGUGUGGACAAUAUUGGGGACCAUCACGGGUGCCUUGGGGAUGGUCUUGACUAUAAUCUCCAUGGCUACUCCCUACUGGAUCCAGUCCUGGCUCGACAGGAAAACAGGAGUUGACAGCAUGGGUUUGUGGGAAAUUUGUUUCGGCAGUGAUUUCGCUGCUCCCUGGCACGUCCAAGACGACCUGGGCCGACGGUACGCAGACUGCAACCAUGUUUUGUCAUACGAACUGCGAACCCUUCGAAAGUGGCUGUUUCCAGUGUGGUUUAUCAUUGUGGAAAUCAUGGUAACUGGAGCAUUGAUUGCUCAGCUGGUGGGCUUGAUUUUUGCCAUUGUGUACAUCAGCAGUGCCUGCGCCCCACAACACGAGCACUUUACCCUCCUUGUUGCAGGCAUUAUGCAGUCUGUUUCAGGAGCAAUGUUGGCCAUUGGCACCAUGAUCUACGCAUAUUUUUCUGGGAUUGACGUCUUUUGGCUUCCCUCCCCUGACUCGAACUUUCUCUCUUGGUCUUUUGCGUUAGCUGUUGUUGCAGCUGGAUUUGCUUUCUCAUCAGCAAUAUUCCACUUCAUUGACUUUAUAAGAUUGAAAAUAGUGGUAGACCUGGAAAGGAGGGCAGAAACUUAUGCACCUGGCUCUUCAAGGUAUUAGAGAACAGUGUGCCUUUUGUUACAAACUUUGGCAUCUUGUCACUCUCUGGAUACUCACGGACAAGAGCAGACAGUCUGAAAAUAAACAGAUGAUGAAAGUUAUGUUCUGAAAGACAAGUGUGGCUGAUAAAUGAUUGGGAACCCUUAAAAAAAAUGUUCAGGUGCCUUUAUUUGCUCAUUUUGUAGUGGGAGUUGUGAGUUUAAUUGACGUGAAAUAUGUGAAAGCGAAUUUGAGAUGAUUUUAGAGUAAGGAGGACACUUGUGUAGUCUACAAUAACAUUCUGUACAUCAUCCCAUCCCCUGCCACAAUCACCAACACUUCAAUCAGUUGUGAUCACUGUUAUCAUUCAGUAGUUUUUAUAUUGGUUUACACCCAUCUUUGUAUUUUUAGGUGUGGUUUCACCAUCACUCUCCACUUAAAUAUUAUGCAGAAAAUAUGUUUUCUAUAUCUGUAUUUCAUAAGGCAUAGCCGAUGUUGACACUGCAUUAAGCAUCAAAGACCAGCUAUGUAGAACUGCACUUGUAUCUAUAAUAUGGUUUUGCUUGGUAGUUGCAUUUAGUAUAUGGUUUCAUUUUAUUUCAUUUCAUUUUGGAAAACAUACAAUAUUCAUCAUUAGUAAAUUAGUAAUAAGCAAUUGUGGAGAGUGGUAAAAAGAAAGAGUGUGUUGCCUGGGAUCUUAAUCAUCUUUACAUCCAUUGGUGAUCGUGUCUGAAAGAGAGACAAAAUAUAAAAAUGAUAAUUGUAAAAAAUAUAUACUGAAAUAUUAGGCAAAAAAACCCUCCUUGUACUUUAUAAUAUUUUUAUGUAAAUAAAUUUGCCAGAUUGUACGAUUUUUUAAAAAAUAUUUCAUGUAUACACAAUGUAAAUACAUUUUUUCAGAAAAAUUA